AUGGAGGCACAACAAAAGAACACUGGGAACCAGCAGCUUUCCUCAUUCGCUGAUGUCAUCAAAGGAAUCACACCAGUUACAACGAGUGCGGAACCGGUCAAUCAUCAAGUGGUUCAGAUAGAUGUGAUGCCAGUUCUAGAAAAUCAGAUGGAGCUGGGUGAGUCAUCUGGAGCAUCCAUCGAAUACGCAAAUCGCAUGAAGGAGCUGGACAUUUCGCCGCUUCGAACACUCGUAGCUGCUAGUGAGCACAGUGAAUCGAAGUCGCCGAGGCAAGGGAGAUCUAUGGAUAAGAGAAGAAACAAAAGAGGUAAUGAUGAUGACAAGGAGCUGCCCGCCGUCAAGGAGGAAAUUUUCGACUUGGAUACAUUCAACUCCUUGGAUGACAGCGACUUCAGCCGUUUGAAUUUUACAACCGGACAACGAAAAAAAAUAAUAAAGAUUCAAAGUGAGCUCCAGGAAAAAAACCCAUAUGUAGGAAUCCCUAAAGAAGAACCACAUCCAGAUGAAGAAUACUUGGAUUAUGAAAUGAUUGAUCAGGAUGAAGAACAGUGUAACAUCAUAUCACUGGAGAAGGAAUUUGAUAUUGACUUGAUCUUCAAACAAUCACCCGAAGGGCAACGCAUCAUGGAACUAUUGAAAGAACAAAACAUGGUUGAUAGUAAACUGAUUAAAGCUAUCACAAUUGUACUGUGUGAAUAUUUAGUCAGUCGAUUCGGAUACCAUCCAAGCGCUUUUUAUAAAAACAUAAUCGCAAAAUCUCUGGUUCGAAAAUAUAGCAUUUUAAAGUCAACUACAGCCCAAGUUGAACAGGCAUUAUGGUUCUUUCCGGAUGGCCGUGGUCCCGGAAAACAUUGUGGGAAACUACAUUACCAUAUUGAAUAUAUGGUGAAGAAGUUUAAACAACAGAUACGACGAAGUGCGAGCCAAAACAACGAUGAAAACAACACUAAUGAGGAUCCUAUCGACGAUACGCCAGACGAUGAAACAAACCUUGAUGAAAUUGUCAACAAACUUAAGUUUAUAGUGCCUUCGGAAGCGUCAUUGGAUAUUAUAAAGGAAGACUGGAUUAGAACGUUUGCGACGAGAAACCUUAUUAGGAAGAUGGAUGUACUUAGGGUGACCAUAUGA